AAUAUGGAGGACCAAGGAGAACAACAAGCACCACCGACUGAUGGAAACUUUCCUCAGCCAGCUGCACUCACGAGCGAUCCGCAGAUUUUAGAGACACCCGAAGACAUCAGAAACCGAAGAAACCAGGUUCUUGACCGAUAUGCAGCUUUCAAGGAGGCAACGGACGAACGUCGACGACGCCUUGAAGAGGCAAAACGGUAUCAAUACUUUAAGCGCGAUGCCGACGAAUUGGAAAGUUGGAUGCUGGAAAAGUUGCAGACCUACCAGAACGAGGACUUCAAGGACCUUGCCAAUUUACAAAGCAAAAAACAAAAGCAUCAAGCCCUGGAAUUGGAGGUGAAGGCUCAGUCAGAAACUUUAGCUUCUUUGGAUAAAAGCGGCGAGGAAAUGAUAUCGCAAAACCACUACGCGUCCGAGAUAAUAAGGAACCGUUUAGAUGAUCUACACGCUCUCUGGGACAAAUUAAUGGCCAUGUUCCGCGAAAAGUCUCGUUUGCUAAAUCUUACCCUGGAGUACGUACAAUUUCUGCGUCGGGUGGAUGAGAUUCUGUUUUGGAUUCGUGAAAAAGAAACUUUCGUAACCUCAGAGGAAUUUGGACAGGAUCUAGAACAUGUUGAAACACUCCAGAAAAAGUAUGACGAAUUUGUCAAGGACUUGGAAUACCAAGAAGGACGGGCUGCAGAAAUAUACACGAAAGCCGACGAACUUAUUCAAGAACUGCCUGAAGAAACUCUCGUCAUGGACAAGAAACGUGAAGUUCAAGAGGCCCUGGAGCGCCUGAAGGAUCUCGCCAGGAAACGCCAGCAAAAACUGUUUGAGGCUCACGAGAUCCAACGUUUCUUCCGCGAUACUGAUAAAACCAUUUCCUGGAUAAAUGAGAAGUCAAUUCCACUGUCUGUUGAAGACUGCGGCCGUGACCUUGUGUCCGUUCAAGCCCUGCAAAGAAAACACGAGGCGUUGGAGCGUGAUCUGGCUGCAUUAGAGGACAAAGUUACACAGUUAGGCGCAUGCAUGGAAGAGGGUCAGCGACUGGUCGAUGCGGGUCACCCCACGAGUGGAGACAUUGUUGCCAAGAUGAAUACGCUGGAGCGUGAAAGAGCAGCGCUGUUAGCUCUUUGGGAUGAACGACGAAUUCAGUUUGAGCAGUGCAUGGAUCUGCAACUGUUCUACAGAGAUGCCGAACAGGCUGAAACCUGGAUGGCCAAGCAGGAGGCUUUCCUAGAUAACAAGGACGUGGGAGACUCUUUGGACGCUGCCGAGGCUCUUAUACGCAAACAAGAAGAUUUUGAAAAGUCCUUAGCUGCCCAGGAGGAGAAAAUCAAGCACUUGGAGGCCCUUGCAGGCAAACUGGUUGACGGUGGUCACUACGCGUCGCCUGAGAUUGCCAGUCGUAAGGAGGCCCUUCUUCAGCGCAGGACGGCCCUCCAAGAGAAAGCAGCUCUUCGUCAUAACCAGCUCGAGGACUCGCACCGUUAUCACAUGUUCGAUCGUGAUGCGGAUGAAAUAAAGGCCUGGAUUGUCGAAAAACUUAAGACAGCUACAGACGAGAGUUACAAAGACCCAACAAACUUGCAGACGAAAGUGCAGAAACACCACAAUUUCGAGUCUGAAAUUAACGCUAACCAGCCGCGUAUUGAGGACGUCAAAAAGAUGGGCACCGACCUACUGGAUGCUAACCACUACAAAUCGGAUGAUAUUCGUGCCAGGAUAAAUGAGUUGGAUGACCUAUGGGCCAAGCUAAUAGAUGCCAUGACCAAGAAGGGCAAGAAUCUAGAGCAGGCGAACAACCAGCAGCAGUUUGUGCGUAAUAUCGAAGACAUCGAAAUCUGGCUGUCCGAAGUAGAGGCCCAAGUUGCGUCAGAUGAUCAG